GGGGGAUCUGAGGGCACGCUGGGAACUGACCAGAUGAGAGCUCCAAGCUUGGGGCACCGCUGCCCUCGCUUCGCGGUCUGAAAUGCCUUCGGACGGGGUGUGGGAGGUGAAGUUGGGCUCCAAAUGGGCGCCCCUGGAACCCGAAGAAGUUGCCCUCCUGGAUCGGUUGCUGCACAGCCACCCCAAAGUGGGUCGACUGCAGCGUCGCGGCCAGGAAUACGAGUUUGAUGCGGAGAAGAUGACCCAGACGAACCUUGCCACCGGCAAGGCCCGCGUCUUGCGACGGAGCGGUUUGAGCGGUCCCAGCGGUCCGAGUCCUAUAGCUGAGGACAGGGCCAAUGCCAAUGAAGAUGCCAAAGAGGCGCAAGUGGUGCAGGUUUGGUUGGCUGGGGACUGGAAGCAGCUUGCUCCCGCAGAGAGCCUUCAGAUCGUGAGCAAGAAGGAAGCAGGCGGGCAAGAGUUCAGCAUCCGUGCUAGAGGUGUGGAGUACCACAUUGACUUAAGGCACAUGACGCAAACCAACCUGAGCACGAAGCGCACGCGCACCAUUCGUAUUGUGGACUCCGCCGCGGAGCAAGACAUGGACUUCGACAACUUCCGAAGCGCAUUCAAAGAGCGCGCGGCAGAUGGGAAGUUGACAAAGGAGGUCUUGGUGCGCGGCUGGCGCAAGAAGUGGCCAGACUCAGAGGACCUGCAACUCUUGGAGCUCACAGCAGCUGCCGUGGCCAAGGAAAUGGACCUGCGAGGCUCGGGCGCGGUGGACAUGACCUGCUGGAACCACUUCUGGGCCUUACAGCGGGACCACGCCUCCUACCACGCAGCCAUGGAGGUGAACCAGCAGUUCACUGCCGCACUGAAGAAGGAUUCCCAGGUCCUGGGCCGCAUGCAGAUGCACUUCGAAACCGCGGUCACCGACUCCGGCGGGGCCCAUGGCCUGACCAGCGGUGGCCUAUUGAAGGCGUGCGAGCGUUUGGUCUCCUCGCCGCAAGGCGUCCUGGAGAAGCAGUGGGCCAAGGAACUGCUGCAGCAUGCCGCUGGCGAGGAAGUGCUGGAGGAAGACGAGGUUCUGAGCUACUGCGACUUCUUGAACGUCAUGUUUGGGAGGAAGAGGUACAAAGUCUACCUCUGGAUGUACGACAUCUCCGACGGCUUCGCGGCUCGAUGGUCCUGGCUGCUGCUAGGACAGAGCUUUAAGGGAAUUUGGCACACGGGGGUGGUGGUGGAGUGGCCGGACAGAAGCUCGGAGUUCUGGUUCGGGGGCAAGAUCUUUGAGUCGAAGCCGGGGACCACCCCCUUUGGUGAGCCAAUGGAGAAGAGGUUCUUGGGGCACACCUACAAGAAGCGCACAGAGACCUGGGAGUUUUUGACCAGGCACUGUGCUUCUGAGUUUACCAGGGAGAACUACGACGUCUUGACGCACAACUGCAACCACUUCAGCGAGAAGUUGUCCAUGUUUCUGCGGAAUGAGCACAUUCCAGAUGAAGUUCUGAAGCAGCCAGACAUGGUCAUGCAGACCAUCACCGCGCGGGCGCUGCGGCCUGUGCUGAACCGCUGGCUGGGGGGCUUCGAUGCCCAGGAGGGCCGAGCCACCGACGGGGGCGAAGCAGCGCAGCGGCUUUGGGAGUCCAUCUCCCCCAAGUCCAUCAUCGAGUUCGUGCAGGAGAACGGGAGGCCUUUGUUGGGCGAGGUCACCGACGUGCAGGCCGACUUUUGUGAGGUCGACUGCUUGGACCUGUUGCAGCAGGCGAAAGUGCCCAGCACUGUGCCAAGGAGCAGCGUUACGCAGAUGCUGCGGGCUGGGCUGCCUCUCGCGGCGGCGGCUUCGGUUUCGCGCAUGCAAAGCUCCAGCGCAUGCCCUGGUAUUUGUCCACUUGGCUGACGCGGGGCACCUGUGACAAGGGCAGCCUUGCAAGCGCGGCGAAAUGGAU